UGCUACAUUUGUGAAGUAAUGGAAGGGAAAUCCCCCACAUGUCGCUCUCUUCUGUUUGCAGACUUGAAGCAAACAAAAAAGCAGAAAAGGGGAACGGAAAUUUCCAAGGAAUUCAUCUUUGUAAAAUACUACCACAAACCCACAAAAAAUCAAUCGCUCUCAACUGCAAUCUCCAUCUCUAGAUGCUCUCGUGCUCGAUUCUAUCCCUUCAUUCAUUCAUUCCCGUAUUUGUUUGGUAUUAUUCCUCCACUUUGCUCCAACAAUCGCCGCAUCUUCUCUCCGUUUCUCCGCCUCUAGUCUAGUUUGAGACAACGACAAACGGAAUCGAUUCGUUCAACACCUACCGUUCAUUUUUCUCCGAAAAGAGGUUGCCUUUUUUAUCUUGUUCGUAAAAUUUGAAACAGUGGUUAUUGUUCGAUUCCCCCCCUGUUAUAUGAUCUGGGUCUGCUGGAGGAUUACAAGCUGGAGGUGUCGUCCAAUUCUCUCCUCCGCCCGACGACCACAACCAUCACCGCCACAUUUCCCAGGAACCCAUCUCGAUUCUCCGCCCUCCAAUCCGCCCCGCCGCCGCGCUCUGCUGUCAGGCUCUCCGCCGUCAGGAGUCGAAGGAGGAGACAACAGUUGGGGGUUGUCGUCGGGAAGGUGGGAAUAAUGGCAAUUGAACAGGUCUCCGCUACGCAAUCCCUUAUGUUGACAUCCGGAGCCAGCGGCAGGAUUAAUGCCCUGUUCUCGGCGAGGGCGUUGAAGGGUCUGUUGGCUUUGAUUCAUGCACUGUUGAUUCUGCUGUUGCUCCCAUUUCGUGGCCGGAGGCGGGCGGCGGUCUCCGGAAGCUCGUCGGGUCACGGGGACAAGGGCAAUUGCGUUUGCGACAAGGGGAGCAGCGGCGGCGGGGCGAAGGUGAGGGUCCCUGCCAAUAUUGUGCCGUGGAAGGCUACUAGCUCUUGGGUCAGCGCCAGCGGCGGCGGGGUCAUGGCGAUGGUGGAUAAUGAGGUUGCGACUAGGAGGACGAUUGCUAUCCGGAGGGUGUUGCAGGACGAUGACCCUAGGUCGGUUAGGGAUUUCUCCACGUUCAUCACUGCUAGGGGCGACACCAUUUUUACCCAGUCUUGGUUCCCGGCUUCAGGGGAGAUCAGGGGAGUGGUAAUUCUCAUGCAUGGACUGAACGAACACAGUGGGCGAUAUAAUGAAUUCGCAAAGCAACUGAAUCAUAACGGCUUUAAAGUAUAUGGAAUGGACUGGAUUGGGACUGGCAUGUCCAUUGGUGGAAAAAAGUAGCAUGUGAAGCACCUUUUAAAUAAGUAAGCUUGCUAAUUAUGGCUGGAAUUGUGUCACCUUCCGCUCUAACUUGGUCAAGGGAAGGAUAAAUACCGUGAAACUCAUAGGUCAAAGCCCUUUGGGAAGCUUGGUUUACUCGGAUUUUCUUGGCGAAUUUCAUCUCCACUAGAUUCUCCUUAUUUCCAGGGGAAUCUGGGAAUCAUCAGCCGAACCAACACCUUAAAAUUGCUGAAAUACAGUUGGGAGGAUUUUUUUUUUUUUUUUUAAGCUGUCACCAUCUCUAUCUUAGCAGAUCCUCCAACUUUGAAGGUUAUCUAUAUGUCUAGUCUACAGAAUCAUCUGAGUUUUCGUGUCCAUCUGAUGUCACUUUCAUUUUUGGGACUUGCUGUAUUCCUGUUCCCCUUUCUCAUAUGUUUCGUGUGUGGCUUAUAUUCAGUUUUGUUGUUUUCCCAAACUGCUGCUUUUUUUUCUUGUUCGUUUUCGUCCCUUCUGAAGAUUAUGGUCUGUUAAAACCUUGUUGAUAUUGAUAAGCUUGAUCACUUGUGAUGUUUGAGCAAUAUUUUCUGUUUACAUUAAUCUGUGCUAAACCCAUUGUCAAUUUUCUCGAUACUUGUCAGGUCAUGGCGGAAGUGAUGGUUUACAUGCAUACGUUCCUUGUCUAGAUUAUGCUGUGUCUGAUCUGAAAUCAUUUCUAGACAAGGUUAUAGCUGAAAACCCUGGGCUCCCAUGUUUCUGCUUUGGGCACUCCACUGGUGGAGCCAUUGUUCUCAAGGCAGCUCUAGAUCCAAAAGUCGAAGCUUCACUUGCUGGUAUGGUACUGACUUCACCUGCAGUAGGAGUUCAGCCAUCCCAUCCGAUUUUCGUGGUAUUGGCCCCAGUUUUCUCUGCUCUGCUGCCAAGGUUCCAGAUAAGCGCAGCGAACAAAAAGGGGAUGCCAGUCUCGCGAGAUGCUGAUGCCCUGAUCGCCAAGUACUCGGACCCUCUAGUCUACACUGGAUCUAUUAGAGUUAGAACAGGUUACGAGAUCCUGAGAAGCUCGACCUACUUGCAGCAGAAUCUCAAUAGGUUCAAUGUUCCAUUUCUAGUCCUCCAUGGUUCUGCAGACACGGUGACUGACCCAGAAGGCUCCCGGAAGUUCUACAACGAAGCAUCCUCAACCGACAAAACAAUCAAGCUGUUAGAUGGGUACCUGCACGACUUGCUGUUCGAGCCUGAACGACAGGACAUAAUGGACUGCAUAAUUGAAUGGUUGAACGACAGAGUAUGAUGACGAGGGCUUCUGUUGCAUAUUAAUUUGUGUUGAAUAAGGGAACGAAAGAGGGCCUUCUGAAGUGGCCAAGGCCAGAUUUGGAAGGACCGUGUAAGGGAAAUGACUAAUGAGGCUUCUUGAUUUCUUUGACUGCCAUUUUUGGAGCAGGCGAAAGGGAGAGGGAAGAGCAUUGGCUAUGAUUUGCUGAAUAAAUUGAUAUUCAGCAUGAAAAAGUAGUUUGUUUUAUGUUUUGGAACUGGACGAAUUUUCUUUGCAUGGAAGUUGUCAAUGAAAGCCCAUGGAUUUGUAGUAUGGGUUUCUAAUUAUUUGGGUGUUGGUGUUCGCCUGGCCAGUAAGU